UUGCACAAAAAAGGGCACGGGGACCUGUGGUGCCAGCCAGGCGACCGGACACUCAGAGACACAGCAGGAACCGAGGACACUGGAGGAAGAGCCAAGACUUUGUCAUGCUUCGGCUGUGAAGGCACGUUGCUGUACCAGCUGUCCCCACUGCGCAGGAUUUCUCCCACCCCUGCUGCUUGUGCAUCCAGUGUUUGACCAAGCUUCAUAGCCAACUGCAACAAAAGCAUUCUGUGAUGGCACUGGGAUCUGAACGCUCAACUGCGGAUCCUUUAAGACAGGUGGAUUCAGGCAGACUUCAGGAAUUGGCUAAUCUCGGCCAAGACUCCGGAGUGAUGUCGCAACAACUCCUCUACCGUGCACUGGUGUCUGCAAAAUGGCUUUCAGAAGCCAUCAAGUCCCAGCAAGCUGGGCUGGCCUUGAGAAUUGUGGAUGCAUCCUGGUAUUUGCCAAAGAUGAAGCGUGACCCAAAGAGGGAGUUUGAGGAGCGCCACAUCCCUGGUGCAGUUUUCUUUGACAUUGACCAGUGCAGCGACCGAACCUCACCUUACGAUCACAUGUUGCCCAAGGCUAGUGACUUUGCCGAAUAUGUGGGGAAGCUGGGUGUGGGGAAUGAUUCCCAUGUUGUGGUGUAUGAUGGCAGCGACCAAGGUCUCUUCUCAGCACCCCGGGUGUGGUGGAUGUUCCGGGUCUUCGGUCAUGAAGCUGUUUCCCUUCUGGAUGGUGGCCUGAAGAACUGGCAGCGAGAGGGGAAUGCACUGAGCUCUGGGAAAACCCAAGUAGCUCCAUGCGAGUUCCACGCCUCCUUGGACAAGUCCCUGGUGAAAACGUAUGAGGAUGUCUUAGAUAACUUGGAUUCCCGUCGCUUCCAACUAGUAGAUGCCCGUGCUGCAGGACGGUUCCGGGGAGUAGAGCCAGAGCCCCGAGAUGGAAUUGAGCCUGGUCAUGUCCCUGGGUCGACGAGCAUCCCCUUCACUGAUUUCCUCACAGAGUCUGGCUUAGAGAAGACCCCUGAGCAGAUCCGCACUCUGUUCCAGGAGAAGAAGGUGGACCUCUCAAAGCCGGUGGUAGCCACGUGUGGCUCUGGGGUCACUGCCUGCCACGUGGUUCUGGGCGCAUACCUCUGUGGCAAACCAGAUGUUGCAGUGUACGAUGGGGCCUGGGUGGAAUGGUACAUGCGGGCACAACCUGAAAAUAUUAUUUCUGAGGGAAAGGGGAAGACUGUGUAAUAAGCUGCUUUGUCUCCCAGCUGUGCAGGUAAUGUGCCUUGAAACAGGAUUUGGAAAAGGGGUUUAACAUUCCUGGUUAAGUGUCUUGAGCUGAAGAUGUUGGAUAACAAUUAUGCGCACAUGGUGCUUGGGCACUUUCUCCUUACCCUACUUGUUGCUUAGGAGAAUAAAGAUGAGAGCAGUUCUGGGCAGCCAGCUCUAGGUGACCCUGCUUGAGCAGUUAGGGUGAAACAGAUGUCCUCCCAAGGUCACUUCCAACCUCAGCCAUUCUGUGAUUCUGUGCCUGUUUUACCCUAUUGGAUGGAAGGGAGAGAGUACUGCUGCCAGCAUGGAGAAUUAAUUGAGUCAAGCCAAGCUCCUGACUCAGAACAUUCCACCAUCCAUGUUCAUUCAUAGAAUGGUCAUACUCAUACAACUGUGCCUCAUAAUCCAGCUCUCUGCCACUGUUCUAGAAGCCAUCUAUGCACUUCAUAGCCAUUUUGAGUUCAAAACUUUGUGGAAAGACAUGGCUGUUAAAAGGAGGAAAUAUGGCUUUCAGGUUGGCACUUAGGCUAGAGACUUAAUUUGGAUUUCUUCUUUUACUUGGACCCUAACCGCAAUGUGUACUUAGCCAGCCUUGUACCCCCAUGGUCCCAAAUCCCCCUUGAGAAAAAGAAAAGAUUCUGGGAUUUAAAGAAUGUAAAUAAACAUAUGUUUCAAGGUCUUUCUGCUGAAUGGAUCUUA